UGGGGCGGGGGGGCGCUGGGGAGAGUGCGACCCAGAGAGGUUCAGGAAGGACUUGGGGCCACCUGGCCCCUCGGUCGCGGAGACUGGGCGCACCGCCCUCCCCUCCGCCGCGCCCCGCGCGCCCCCGCCGCCUCUUCCGCCCUCUGGCCUUUUCCUUCUGGCCCGGCCUCCGAGUCCCGCCCGCAGCGUCUCCCAUUUCCUGCUGCCCCGACACCCUGAACUUCUGGUCCUCCCCAUUCCUCAGCCCCACGCAGGACCACUUGGUUCUCCACACCAGGAACCAGAGCAGCUUGGUACCCCGGAGGGCAUGGAGGGCUCUCCCCUCCCUCCCAGUCCUCACAGGGGCUGUUCCGUCCCUCGCCCUGAGCAAGACCAGACACCUCUGCAUUCGCAGACCCCUGCUGUCCCCACAUGCUGCCUGGGGUCCAGCGCUCCGGAGCCCAUCCUCCCACCGACUACCCUCUUUGCUCCUGCACUUUUAUUUUUAUUUUAUUUUAUUUAUUUAUUUGAGACGGAGUCUCGCUCUGUCGCCCAGGCUGGAGUGUAAUGGCGCGAUCUCGGCUCACUGCAACCUCCGCCUCCCGGGUUCAGGCAAUUCUCCUGCCUCAGUCUCCCCAGUAGCUGGGACAACAGGCGUGUACCACCAUGCCCGGCUAAUUUUGUAUUUUUAGUAGAGACAGGGUUUCGCCAUGUUGGACAGGCUGGUCUUGAACUCCUGCCCUCAGGAGUUCCUCAGGAGGAGUUCUCGGCCUCUCAGAGUGCUGGGAUUACAGGCAUGAGCCACAGCGCCGGGCCUGCUGCUGCACUUUUCAAGAAAUCGCUCAGGACUUCUCAUCUUAAACCAGAAACAACAAGGAAACCCAUUCUGUUGACUUUACAGCUUCUGUGUUGCUCUUCACAGCCCAAGUUUAUAAAAGAGACGCGUUUUCCGCCGUCUGCAUCUCCUCGUCUCACCCCUGCUCCCCACAGGAGGCCCUGAGCGCCCAGCAGCCCUUGGUCCUGCAUCUCCCUCCAGACAACUAAAGGGCCUGGCUCCCUCCACCCUGCCCGGAUCCAGCUCCCAGUGCCCGGAUCUAUCCCCCCUCCCCGGAUCCAUCCCCUCCUCCCCGGAUCCAUUCCCACUGCCUGAAUCUACUCUCCCCUGCCCGGCUCUAUUCCCCCUACCUGGAUCCAUUCCGUUGCCCAUGCCUGGUCCCUUCACUGGCUCUCUCCCCUGGGGCCCCAAACCUACCUGGGCCCCCCUCUGGCAGAAAGGGGUCCUCUCAGACCCACAGGUCCAACGGCUAAUCCUGGCUCUGCUUCCCCUGGGGGCCUUCUGCGGCUGCCCCCACCCUGGGCUGGAAUGAAUGGAACGCCUACUAUGAGGAGGUGGUGUACGUCCUAGAGGAGAUCGAGUACAUGAUCCAGAAGCUCCCUGAGUGGGCCGCGGAUGAGCCCGUGGAGAAGACGCCCCAGACUCAGCAGGACGAGCUCUACAUCCACUCGGAGCCACUGGGCGUGGUCCUCGUCAUUGGCACCUGGAACUACCCCUUCAACCUCACCAUCCAGCCCAUGGUGGGCGCCAUCGCUGCAGGUGCAUGGCCCUGUGGGAAGGGAAGCUGGGGGAGCACCGUCCCCCAGCGUGGAGCCAAGCCAGGAUGGGCUCAGGCCUGUGUUAAGAGUCCUGGGGUCAGAUAAGGGUUUGCUGGGUCUGUCACAGGAGGCUGUGGGGACCAAGCUAUUUAGCCAGGCCUCUUGGUGCCUGAGGUCCAGUCAGGCUCAGGUGUCCACACCUGAUGAUACAGAGAGGGCCUGCCUUCCCCCACCCCUGUUGGGGGGCUGGAGCUUCUGUCACCUAAUAUGCAUCAGGGCUUCCUUCCUAGAAUGGGCCAGCACUGUUCUACCAACCAGGCCCCCAGAGCCUCUCUCCCCUUUCUGCUUUUCCUCCAACAUCUCAGCAACUCAGAGGGCCAGGUGGUGCAGCUCUGGCCAGCGUGUGCCCGUGUGUGUCCCUCUGUCAUGUGCCCGUGCGUGCUCCUGGGUGUGCCCCGUGACAUGUGCUUGUUUGCUAACAACUCUUCCAUCCACUGUCCCGAGGACACACAAGGGAGGGGAGGCUUCAGGUGUGGUCCUUGGGAGGGCAGAGCCUCUGGUGAAGUACCCUGGGCAUAGGCCUGGCUCGGUGUGCUCUGCAGGGAACGCGGUGGUCCUCAAGCCCUCGGAGCUGAGUGAGAACAUGGCGAGCCUGCUGGCUACCAUCAUCCCCCAGUACCUGGACAAGGAUCUGUACCCAGUAAUCAAUGGGGGUGUCCCUGAGACCACGGAGCUGCUCAAGGAGAGGUUCGACCAUAUCCUGUACACGGGCAGCACGGGGGUGGGGAAGAUCAUCAUGACGGCUGCUGCCAAGCACCUGACCCCUGUCACGCUGGAGCUGGGAGGGAAGAGUCCCUGCUACGUGGACAAGAACUGUGACCUGGACGUGGCCUGCCGACGCAUCGCCUGGGGGAAAUUCAUGAACAGUGGCCAGACCUGCGUGGCCCCUGACUACAUCCUCUGUGACCCCUCGAUCCAGAACCAAAUUGUGGAGAAGCUCAAGAAGUCACUGAAAGAGUUCUAUGGGGAAGAUGCCAAGAAAUCCCGGGACUAUGGAAGAAUCAUUAGUGCCCGGCACUUCCAGAGGGUGAUGGGCCUGAUUGAGGGCCAGAAGGUGGCUUAUGGGGGCACCGGGGAUGCGGCCACUCGCUACAUAGCCCCCACCAUCCUCACGGACGUGGACCCCCAGUCCCCGGUGAUGCAGGAGGAGAUCUUCGGGCCUGUGCUGCCCAUCGUGUGCGUGCGCAGCCUGGAGGAGGCCAUCCAGUUCAUCAACCAGCGUGAGAAGCCCCUGGCCCUCUACAUAUUCUCCAGCAACGACAAGGUGAUUAAGAAGAUGAUUGCAGAGACAUCCAGUGGUGGGGUGGCAGCCAACGAUGUCAUCGUCCACAUCACCUUGCACUCUCUGCCCUUCGGGGGCGUGGGGAACAGCGGCAUGGGAUCCUACCAUGGCAAGAAGAGCUUCGAGACUUUCUCUCACCGCCGCUCUUGCCUGGUGAGGCCUCUGAUGAAUGAUGAAGGCCUGAAGGUCAGAUACCCCCCGAGCCCGGCCAAGAUGACCCAGCACUGAGGAGGGGUUGCUCCGCCUGGCCUGGCCAUACUGUGUCCCAUCGGAGUGCGGACCACCCUCACUGGCUCUCCUGGCCCUGGGAGAAUCGCUCCUGCAGCCCCAGCCCAGCCCCACUCCUCUGCUGACCUGCUGACCUGUGCACACCCCACUCCUACAUGGGCCCAGGCCUCACCAUUCCAAGUCCCCACCCCUUUCUAGACCAAUAAAGAGACGAAUACAAUUUUCUAACUCAGCAAA